GUUACCACCUUUCGAGCAAAACAGCUGCCUCAGGCGUAGCCAGCGACUACUAAUGAGGCAGCUGAAGCCUGGCAAAAGCAAUGUACCUGGUGUCAGUGGCAAACGAGUUACGAGAGGGAAAGCUCCGAACAGUGACGAUGCCAGAAAAUGUUACUUCGCAGUACCAUCUUCUCUGGAAAUAAUUGUUCCGCCUACUAAUAUCAUAGGCGGCCCCAGGCGAAGUAGUAGAAUCAGAAUGAGGCCGCUGAAGCCCGGCGAGUAUAAGAUACUCGGUGUGGGUGGAGAAUUACUUGGAAUCAGAAGAGGCCCCGAUGUAACAAUGAUCAAUAAAAGCUUUCCGACCACUAUAUGCAUCAAAACACAAUAAGGAAGAAAUUGAUCAUCAUUCUCAAGAAGUGGAAAAACAUUGAAAAUAGCCUGCUGCUUUUGCCACCGUAGUAUUCUUUUUUAUUUUUAUUGGAGAUAGAUAAAGCACUUGCAUGAUAUGAAAAAGACGACAACGUCUUUUAGCUGUCAAAUUCAGGUACUGAAAGUGUUGAUAUAUUUGGAUAUUUACAGUUAAUGUCUACAGCAGCAAUUCCCAAAGGGUGUGUUGCAAAAAUGAACAUAAUUUUGUUGAAUAAUUCAGUUUAUCUAUACGCUGAACCAAACAAGUUGUGCAAAAAUUAUUAAAAUUAAUUAGUUAUAAUUAGUGCCUAACAUUCUCCUAGAUGUAAAAACACUCAAACUCAAGGUUUUUUUUUACAAUUUUUUGGGCAUUUGAGUUUGACAUACUUUUUAGCCCCAUCUCGCUGAAUAGAACCGAGUCUGUAAGAUAUACUUAUGAAAAAUCAUGACUGAAUUUUGAAGGCUGAUUGGCAAUUUAAAAAGAAGUAAUAUUGAAUAUGAGAUUGGUUCACUUGUCUUCAUUAUCCAUCCAAGCUUGGAUAAAGAUUAAGUUGUGUUUAUAUGCUUUUUUAUUAAGAUACCAAAUAAAUUGUCGAAAGUAUGAGAAAAACAAGUUGAUUUAUUUAAAUCAGUUUAUUUGAUUUAUUUAAAAAUAUAAUUUAAAAUAAUUGUUUGAACUUCAGUGAAUAUUUUAACAUGGUAUAAUGUGUGCUGUAGACAUUUGAAGUCUUUGCGAUUUACAUUAGAUUUGGCCUCUAAAAUAUUGUAUUUGUCACCGUGCUCCUAAAACAAAAGUGAUUGUGUUUUUCGUGUAGUGAUGAUUUUACUGUCAUGGGUCUUGCUUGCAAUUGAAUGUAUCCAACCGGAAAUUAGCAAAUUGAAAAAGGUCUAAAUUUAUUAUGAGCCAGUUUGGAGGUUACAGUUAUUCUAUCGUUUAUUGUAUGCAAAUUCCUGUUUCUACCCAAAAAAGCUUCUAUUACUUGAUUGCUCGAUAGAUUUAUUUAAAAGAUAUUUUUAGUAAUUCUGUACUGUAAAUGUUUUAUGACAGUGUCACCAUGUCAAAGAAAUCUGUAGUUGAGCAUCUUUGUCUUCUCACUGCUAGUUCAUGGUAAUGUUCUGGUUAAUAACCUUUGUGUUGCAGGAUGUAAAAGAUAUUGGUGUGUGUGUUGGUUUGGAAUGAUUCAGAUUCAGAAUGAAUGAAUUUUUCAGUUUGUUAGUUAUUAGGUGACCAUUGUAUCUAGAAAUGAUACUUUUGUGUGUUUGUGUUGUUGAAACUAAUUUUACUAAUGGAUAAAUGGUAGAAGAAGAUAUUUCAAUAAAUUUCAUUGAAGAUCUUGAGAUUUUUCUAGCGCAAUACCGAAUUUGAAAGAUCGCAAAAAUAAUAAUCAAAACUAAAUACAAUUAGGCAUGUUUAUCUCACAUUUUUAUGUCAACGGAUGGUAUUUUAGAGAACUAAUCAAAACUAAAUACAAUUAGGCAUGUUUAUCUCAAAUUUUUAUGUCAACAGAUGGUAUUUUAGAGAAGUAAUGUUCGUAACUGUUGUUCUUGGGGGAAGUUCUGGUAGUUCUCUCGCACACUGGUUGUAUCACCCCAGUAGGGUCGAUUCAUUCUGCAAUUAGUUUCUCUCUGUAGUUCAUUUAGGGGCCACAUUUUGUACAAAUGGUAGUGUUGACAUUGUUAUGUGAUGUAAUCUUUAACAGCAGGAAUGCUUUAUUUAUUAUUAUACAUGUCAGUGGUAUUCAACUUCCAUUUUUUCCAUGCUACAAGUAACAACAGGGGAAUUCUUAGAACAUCUAUAUUGUGAUACACACACUCCAUUUGUGAGAGCACCAACUAGCUCCCUUGUUCAUUUUUGUAAUACCUUUCAAAUCUUCUUCAGAUGACCUAGACUCAAUAAAUGCUUUGCAAGCAAUAUGGAGUGCUAUUAUAAGUUUUGCAACAUAUGCUCUAGUAGUCACUCGUUUUGAAAGAACAGAACGAAUAAUAGAUGUUAGUUAUAUGUUUCUACCGAUAACAAGUAGAUUAGGGCUAAAACCUUACUAUUGAUAAGUUAUUUUUUA